AUGACCUUGCAAUCCGACACCAACAUUGGCUCGGAUCAACAAUGGGAGAAUGACUUUCGAUACCGGCCGCUUCGGACCGACAAGCAUGAGAUCCGUCUGAUCCAUGUGCAAGCACAGCCGCGCAUAGAUGACUUUGUCCGCUGUACCCUUCGACAUGCUGUUAUCGAUGAGCUACCGGAAUACACGGCACUCUCCUAUGUCUGGGGAGAUCGCAACACCACAGCUCGAAUCAUUCUGGAUGAGCACGAGUUCCAAGUCACAGCAAACUUGGAGUCUGCCCUCCGACACCUCGCCAUGGAUUGCAACACCAACGGAGAGGCGGAAAUUGCCAUGUGGGUGGAUGCUGUCUGUAUUGACCAGUCGAACGUGUCUGAGAGGACGCACCAAGUCUCCCAGAUUGACAAAGUCUACAAAGAGGCCUCUCAGACCAUCGUCUGGCUCGGACCUUCAAGCGACGAUAGCAGCCUUGCGCUGGACAGCCUACGAAAGAUGAGUCGAACAGUGCAGCAGAAACUCUUUGGCCAGAUCAAAUCCUGGUCCCAUUUCCGCUUCAAUAAAAGCCCGCUUCCAGGGUCCCGUGGCUUUGUCGUUCAGCGAGCGCUUGAUGCCAUCUUGAAAGACCUCUGUGACAGGAACUUCCGCGUGUUCAAUGCGCUUGCUUCUCUGUUUGACCGGGCCUGGUUUCGGCGGGUCUGGGUUAUCCAGGAGCGGGUUUUAUCCAUCGAUCCUGUUCUGGUCUGCGGCGACGACUUCAUCACCUGGCACCAGUUCUACAUGGGCUUUUGGGUGCUCUGCGGCGCGCGUGACUACCUCAACAUGGUCAAUGACGCUGCACUAGCAGAGUGCCCCUCUUUGGCAUCUCUCCUGACCUCGAAGCUGAUGAACGUGACGCCUGUUGCAUAUGCAGCUGCCGACCAGCCACUGAUCAACCUACUAACGGUGCUGUACGGCAACUCCAAUGAGGUCCGACUUCAAGCUUCGGACGAGCGUGAUUACAUAUUUUCUCUGUUGGGUCUCGUCGACGCCCACUACAGCCCGGAAAUUCGGGCAGACUACUCAAGAGAUUGGAACACAGUCAGGACCGAGCAUUUCAUCUGCACAGGAAAUGUCACAUCGGCCCUCGGCGCCUUCUUGGGCACCGGACUUCGCAAAGAAAACGCUUCUGCCGCCGCUAAGUGGACAGACCAGGCCCUGUACGAUGAGUCGUUCGAUUCCCAAAAUCACCUCCACCUUUCGGCCGUAUACGUCGACAGCAUUUCUAAACCUGGACAAAUCCUGUUGGAGCCCUGCGACAUUCUCAAUUGGCUUAGAGGGCUGCGGCAUCUUUUGGGGCAUGGCGGUGAAGCUUACAACACGGAAGAGGCAGUCUCUGAAGCGCUCUGGAGAACCCCCAUUGCUGAUCGGGCGCUCAUGCACAAUUACGAGACAGCCAGAGCAUCCGAGCACACAAGGCAAUCAUACUUGGCUCUGCUUUCCGGAACCGUGUCCCCGGGAGUCCAGUAUGCGGACAUUGUCCGCGACAAGCUCCACGGAAGACGCCCGUUUCGGACCGCCAGAGGGUUUCUGGGCAUCGGGCCCGAGCAUCUUUCCGAACAAGACUCGAUCUGGAUCUUGCCUGGCGCCCAUGUUCCCUUGGUUCUGCGUGAUGUCGGGCAAGCGCAAUGGCUGGUUGUGGGCGAGGCAUACGUGCAUGGGAUCAUGGAUGGAGAAGCACUGGAGAAGACGCCCGAGUUUCAGAACAUUGAACUGGUCUGA